AUGGCCGACUUAGGCGACGGCGACGUCCUGGAGAUGGCGCUCCGGGAGGCGGCGCAGCUGCACGCCGCCGAGAUCACGCGCGAGCGCUCCGCAGCGCGCGAGGCGGCGCAGCGGGCGCAGAAGCUCGAGGCGGCGCUCCGCGCGCUGCCGCAGGCGCUCCAGCGCGCCGAGGCGGCCGAGGCGGCGCUCAAGGCGCUGCAGGUGCGGCUCGACGGGCAGCUGGUCGGCUCGGACGCCAAGGCGCUGCUGCGCGAGGCGAUCCGCUCGUUUGACGCGCCGGACGGUUCGGUCGGGUCGGUGGCGGCGACGCAGGCGGCGGCGCAGGCGGCGUCGGCGGGGUGGGAGGCGGCCAGCGCGGCUGCGCGUGCUGAGGAGGACGCGCUCGUCGACCUGCUCGGGAUGGAGCUGGCCGCGACCGCCGCCGCCGCGUCGGACGACCUCGCGUCUGUGCGUGGACGGUGCGCAGGCAGCGAGGAGGAGCUUGCGGCGGCGACGCGCCGGGUCGCCUCGCUCGAGGAGGCGACCGCCGCGCUGCGCGAGGAGCUGUGCGCAGAGAGGGAGGGGCGGAGGGCGGCGGCCGAGGCGGCGAAGGCGGCGGCCGAGGCGGAGCGGCGGCGGAGGGCGAGGCUGCGGCUCCGCCGCCUCCUCGGGCGCCACGUCGACUUGUGCCGCGCGGAAGGGGCGGUGCGGUCGGCGAGGGCGCAGGCUCGCCGCUCGCUGCGCAGGCAGGUGGCGCAGCAGCUGACGGCGAUGGGCAGCGUCGCGGCGGUCCUCGCGCCGGCGGGGCUGUGCAAGUGAGGGAUGUGGUCGCGACUUGCAACUGUGCAAGUGAGGGUGGAGCUUGGUCGCAACUUGCAAGCUGUGCAAGUGCGGCUGGCUCGGCCCGUC